AUGACAUACGAAACGAUUUCGGUUCGUAUGAACCGUUCCGAUCACAAUAUUCGAUGGGGAUUCUCUGUUCGUCAGCAAGCAGAUGGCCUUAUCAUUGAUCGGGUCGAAACUGAAUCUCUAUCCGACAAAGCUGGAGUCAAGCACAAUGAUAAAGUUGAUCAGAUCAAUGGUCGCUCAACACGCGGUUUGGAUGCAUCUACAGCUAACAGACUUAUUGAUGACUCAUUCAACGAGGUUCGGCUUUCUCUUCAAAGAUUUGUCACCUCGCAUACUUGCCUUCCAUGGACCCUUAACGAGAAAGACAACAAGAUGGUUGUCGAGGAAAUGAAACCAGGAUUUGGUUCUGGUUUUGGGUCUGGAUUUGGAUCUGGGUUUGGAGGAGCUCACUCCUCAUUCAACCAGGGAUCUCAAUUCGGGUCUCACUUUGGCACAGGAUCUGGAGUCAACCGUAACAUUACCAACACCACCAACACCAGCAGCAGUAACCAUCAGAGCUCUACCUUCCACUCAUCUUCUAACAACACCUUUGGAAACUUUGGCGGCGGUGGCGGUGGCUUCUCCCCAUCUUCCCACCACAAUAUCGCAAUCCGUCACUCCCCUGCUCCACCAUUCAGCCACUCUUUGGCUAAUAAUAACUCUUAUUCGUCUAAUAUUCAAAAAUCAACUGACAACAAGAUUCUACCAGGAAGCGCCAACUACAACCCAAAUUCCAACUCGAAUUAUAACUCAACUCCAGCUGGAUUCGGAUCUUCUGGAUACAAAGGAGGAUUUUCCAAUGGAGGAGCUAUUCCCGCUCCGGCUCCAACUCAAGCUCCACCAUCCACUUACAGUUACAACAAUGGAGCCACCAACCAAAGUUAUGGGCAAGGGGCCGGUGGAACUCCACUCAAUCAGAUGACAUUCAUCAACACAGCUCCAUCGGGAGGAAUUGGAGCCCAGGGAGGACUCUCUCCAUCCAAAGUGUUCUAUCACUCUCCAUCCGGUAGAAACAGACAGGAUUUGUCUCCUGGAGCAUCGGUGCACCACUUGCAAUAUAACUCUCCAAUGAACCUUUACUCUUCGGAAGCUACCGCUGAGCAGCUGUACCAGCAAACCGGAUUGACACCAGAAGGACCAGUACCCCAUGACAAGACACCAGCAUAUUUAACUUCUGAAACGAGAAAGUUAAUUGAAGAGGAAGCUCGCGGCCGAUUCCAACGUGGAAAAUCCCCAUCAAGCCAAUCAUCAUGCUUCAAGCGAAUUGCUCACGCUGUUGGAGCAGAUAACUAA